GAGCACCAGGAGUCCAGGCUGGACCAACCAACUAGGAGCAAAGAUGGAGCCAGCAAGCCACCAGGCAGCCCUGGGGACCACAAAACCAGGAACAGACAAGCAGGACCCAGGAUGUUAGGAACAAGCUUGCUAGAUAACAGGGACUGGUCAGCCUGGCUACCUCGCCUCAAGACCACCUUCCUGCAUCUCUUCGUUAUUUAUGCUUCUGUGCCCUUCCUGAUCCGCCUCUUCCCUGUGCUGCUGACCAAGUGUGUCUUUCUCAACAUGUUUAAAUUCCCCUUCUUUGUGGACCUCUCGAGGCCUGAAUUAUUGCUGAACCACACAGUAAACUUCUACCUCACAACUGAACCCGAGGUCACAAUCGGCGUCUGGCACAGCGUCCCAGCCAGCCGGGGGAUCGAAGCCCAAGGGAAAGACCACAGCUGGUAUGAAGAAGCUCUCGGAGAUGAUAAUCCGGUGAUACUCUAUCUCCAUGGCAAUGGGGCCACCAGGGCUGCAAAUCACAGAGUUAACCUGAUAAAGGUCAUGAGUGCCAUUGGCUUCCACGUCUUGGCCGUUGACUACAGAGGGUAUGGAGACUCGAGCGGCUCCCCAAGCGAGGGGGGCUUCACCAAGGACAUCCUGUACCUCUACGACUGGGUAAAGGCCCGGAGCGGGAAGAGCAGAGUCUUUCUCUGGGGACACUCCUUGGGGACCGGAAUAGCAACCAACGUGGCGAGGAAGCUGCUUGAAGACCGAGGAACCCAGGUGGACGGACUUAUUCUGGAAUCUCCCUACACCAACAUCCGGGAUGCGGCUGCUAAUAUCCCUGUUACAAAAAUCUACCGCCAGUUUCCCGGCUUUGAUUACCUCAUCUUGGACACCCUGGCGCUGGCUGACCUGUUUUUCCAGAGUGAUGAGAAUGUGAAAGUGCUGACCAGUCCCAUCUUGAUCUUGCAUGCAGAGGAUGAUCCAGUCAUUCCCUCCCACCUGGGUCGAAAGCUCUUUGAGACUGCCAUCAGCGCCUACCAGGACAAGAACAAGGUCAGGUUUGUGGCCUUUCCUGACAAGCUGGGCUUGGCGCAUGACUACAUUUCUUUCCAUCCAGACCUUCCCGCUGUUGUGAAAGACUUCCUGAAGAACAUUACAUAGCAGCAGCUGGCAUUACUUACAUGUGCAGCAGGAGCGUGUUCAAGCAAGUUUACACUGAGGAUUUAUAUUUAAUAAACCACUGAAGUGUUUAAGCCGAA